CAUAACCAUUGCACCAUCUGCUGGUCCCCACCCCUGUGUUUUUCAAACUGCCAGAUCUGGGAUUUGAACUCAAUUAGCAACAUGGGAUCCUGUUUACAUAUACACUAGACCAUGGCUGGCCCAAUAUGUCCCAUAACAUUCUUUAUUUAAGUUUUAUUCGUUGUCAUUAUUUGUCUAUUGUGUUUGUUUGUUUGUUUUUGUUUUUUGGGAAGUUGACCAGAGAGAGACAAUGAGAGAAACAGAAAGUGAGAAAGCAAGCUGCCAGGCCGGGGACUUGAAUCGUGGUCAGCCAUGUGGGAGUCCAGUUGCCUUAACUACCAUGCCACCUGUUAGCCCCAAUAUACCAUAACAUUCUAACCACAGUUUUAGUUUUGAAUAGUCACAAAAUUCUAAUUCCCUGGUCAAUAAAGAUUAGGCGCCAGUCAGAAGAAAAAAAUGGCCAUAUCCCUUUUCUCUAAACUGACUUCCCAGUCAAAUCUUGUCAGUCUUUGUUGCUGGUGGUCAGUCUUCUGAGAGCUGGGAACCUUCCUCCCCAUAUAACAUCCCUUGCAGCUGACUGAUGGCAAGUGAGUCGCUGCCGUGGGCAUUUCCUCUGCCACUCACCUGCUCUUGAGCACUGUGACAGAGCGAAGGACACCUGGUCCCAGGACUAGGAGUUCAUCGAAGCUGUGACCUGAGAGUGUGGACUGUCUUCUGGCCUACCAGAGAAUGGCAGUAGAGACUCUUCACCCUGAGAGUGUUCCCAAGGUCUGUUCUAGGUGGCAAGAGCUAUGCAGCUCUCCAGCUCAGCCAGGGCAGCAGACGAGAACUUCGAUUAUUUGUUCAAGAUUAUCCUCAUCGGUGAUUCCAACGUGGGGAAGACGUGUGUGGUGCAGCAUUUCAAGUCUGGGGUCUACACCGAGACGCAGCAGAAUACCAUCGGGGUGGACUUCACUGUGCGCUCCCUCGAGAUCAGUGGCAAGAGAGUCAAGAUGCAGGUGUGGGACACCGCUGGCCAGGAGCGCUUCCGCACCAUCACCCAGAGCUACUACCGCAGUGCGCACGCAGCCAUCAUAGCCUACGACCUGACCCGGCACUCCACGUUCGAAUCGGUCCCUCACUGGAUUCACGAGAUAGAGAAAUACGGCGCGGCUAACUUGGUCAUCAUGCUGAUCGGAAACAAGUGCGACCUGUGGGAGAAGCGGCACGUCCUGUUCGAGGACGCCUGCACGCUGGCCGAGAAGCACGGCCUCCUCGCUGUGGUGGAGACGUCUGCCAAGGAGUCCAGGAACAUCGACGAAGUCUUCGUGCUCAUGGCCAAGGAGCUGAUCGCCCGCAACAGCCUGCACCUGUAUGGAGAGAGCGCCCCGCUUGGGCCGCCCCUGGACUCCACGCCGGUGCUCACGGCCCAGGGGCCACGUGGGAAGGCCCACUGCGCCUGCUGAGUGUGUUGGCCAGGCCAGUCACGGCCACCAAAGAGGCCGUCUCUAAAACCAAAGGUAGCCAGGUAGCCUAGUGUCUCCUGAGUGGCAUUUCAGACCCCAAUGUAGACUUGUGCUCAUCCCUAAUCCUCCCAGCCUGAACAUGUGGCAUCUUGCCUUAGUCACACCGUAGGUCAUAGCCGUGACUCCGAGGAACAGGGACGCCACGGUGUCCCUCGAUUCCUAGUGAAACCAGGCAUGGAGAUAGGAUGGGAUUGCCCUUCCGCCUACCUUUUCUGUCUCCCCAACACUUGGACUGCUCCCUUGAAGAAGGUUGUGCAGGAAGGAAGGAGAGGAACAUGAAGAUGAAGGAGAGGAUUUCUGGAACAUCCUGGACAACCUGCUGCAGCUCAGGUGGGGAGGGCGGGAACAAAGACUGUGAUGAGAGACCACGCGUUGUCAUUGUGUUUCCCACACUCACACCUCCGAUCGUGGCCACCCUUCUGGUUGUCGCUCCCAGGAGCAAAGCCUUUGCUGUGAAUACCAGAAGUGCCAUCUUUCAGAUGUCCGGGAGUCAUCUGAGGGAUUCGUGUUAGCCAAGUUGGGCUGAUUCAGUGGCCCUUCUGGGAUAUGGGAGAUGUCUUACAGUUCCUGUCUAAGACAUCAGGUCACCUGCUGGGUAAGAAGACAUUUCUGGGCCAGGGAGUGGCGUGGUAGUAGUGCAGCUAGACCCAUGUGAGAAGAUCCUGUGUUCACAUCUCAGAACCUCCCUGUGGACACUGGGCACACGUACACCAACCUGUGAGCCGGGAUGGCUGGAGCUGGGGGUGGAUCAUGACAAGGGAACCAUGUC